UAACCUAUAAUAAAAAUGAAAUAAGUUUCCAGUCUGUAUCUGUGUGUGUAAUCACUGCUCUAGAGAAUUAAAAAAUUACCGAUAAUAUGGAACUUUCUCUACGUAAUUGCAGACUAUUCUCUACAUUAAGACAGCACUAUUCAAGAAAAAAUUUCAAAUCCUUUUCAUCAUAUAAACAAGCCUUUUGUGAAAAUAAAAAGAGGAAGAUUGGAGCAACAGCAUGGUUGCUAUUAGCAGCCCCUGCUACAGCAUUAGCUUUAGGAACAUGGCAAGUGCAACGUAAAGCUUGGAAGGAAAAUUUGAUUGAUGAUUUGAUGGAGAAAACAAAAAGUGAUCCUAUACCUCUAAUUGAGAAUUUGGAUAAUUUGGAUGAGUUGGAAUUCAGGCCUGUUUAUGCAAAGGGAAGAUUUCUACAUGAAAAAGAACUUUACAUGGGUCCUAGAAGUUUAUUGGUAGGGGGUGAUGCAAAAGAUGAAAGAGGUUUAAUGUCUCAACAUGGAUCUACUAAUCAGGGUUAUCUAGUAAUAACACCUUUUGAGUUGGAAGGCCAGAAUAAAACAAUUUUAGUCAAUAGAGGAUGGGUAACAAGAAAAAAUAAAAAUCCAGUUACCCGCAAAGAAGGUCAGGUUGAUGGUGUCGUUGAUAUAAUUGGUAUUGUUAGAUCACAAGAAAAUCGGCCAAAUUUUAUGCCUAAAAAUGAUGAACAGCAUAAUCAAUGGUUUUAUAGGGAUAUCGAAUCUAUGGCAAAGAUAACUGGAUCAGAUCCAAUAUUCUUGGAUUUGACAGAUGAUAUUAAUGUGCCUGGAGGUCCUAUAGGCGGUCAAUCUAGAGUUAGUUUAAGGAAUGAACACUUAUCAUAUAUUCUAACUUGGUAUGGAUUGGCAGCAUCUACUGGUUUUCUAUGGUAUAUGAAAUACAUAAAAAACAUAUCUUUCAAAUGAUUGAUUGAAUUAUGAAUGUUAUAAAUUUUACUGAAAUUGAAA